AUGCCUGCUACGACAUGUGUCACUCGCUCAGAAUCGUUUCCUGAUUUAAAAUCAAGACUACAACAAUUAGAAGUAGCAAUGGGCGUUCGACUCAAUGUGGCCAAAGGAAAGAUGAAUAGGCAUUCUACGACUGUAAGUGAAGCUGAAGGAAUGCAAAUUUCACCACCUUCAUCCGUCUCUUCUUCAUCAGCUAAGGUGUUACCAUCAAUUAAAGUUUUAAAAUGUCAACGGUCAUCAUCAUCGUGCGAAAGUGAAAAUAAACCGGUGAUAAAACGCUUAAAAUCAACAACUACUAUGGAACAACAACCUUCAUUAAUUAAUCAGCAACAACGACCACAGCUGCCACCAGUUACGAUUAAUCAGCCAAUAUCGAACGCGAAGUCCAUGCGUAAACACGUUCCACCACGUCCUCCAACUAUUGCAUCGCGUACAUCAACACCCACAGGUCAAAAACGUACGAUUAUCACAUCGAAAACACGAACACCCAUAAAUAAUUCAUCAAAUUCUUCAUUAUCAUCAAAUUCAAAUAAUACAGUAUCAUCACCAUCAAAUUAUCAAACUCCAAUGUCAUCAUUAUCUUCAUUGUGUUCACCCGCUCCUCCCAUUGCUUCUCGACGUCAUUUAUCUGUUUUGGGAGAAAAAUGGACAAAUGAUAUAAUUAAACACAAUCUUUUAUGGUUAACUUUAAAUGAAUUAGAUCAAGAUGAAAUACAAGAAGUUUUAUAUCAUUUUGGAUCGACAGAAAAUUUUUUACAGGAACAGUAUUUAUUUACGGCAGCACAAAAAAAAUAUCGAUUCAUCAAACAUAAACAAUAUGAUGGUAUCCAUUAUUUAUAA